AAGUAAAGUCUUUUCAAAAAUAUUUAAAAGGAAGAAAAUCCAAAACACAUUGUUUUUGUCUUUUUCCAGUAUGAUAACUUCCAUCUGCCUGUGGCAGCUGAAAGCGGUGUUGCAAAGCCAGCUUCUCUAGGCCAUGUGAAGUUUUAUACUUAUUUUUCAGUUAUUUGAUAUUGAAUUUUUGUGAUCUCUUAGGCCUACACCCACAGGCAUCUUUAGGUGGAUAAGAGGAAAAGCCUACUUUCACAGUAAAGGAGGGAGAGGCCUGACCAGGGGUUCGGGCAAGAAGAUCCGUCACCGUGGUGGACCAGGGAGGGGUAAGAAGUGGGUUUAUGAUGACCCUCCUGUGGGGUCUGGCCAGGAUGCUUACAUUGCUCCCAGAGCUGUCAGUCGGAACCAAGUGGUGGAUGCAGAAGUGCCUUCAGAGGAAUUACCAGAUACGGAAUCUGUAGUAGAAACUGUAGUUAGUGGGGAUAAAGUGAGUAACAUUGCAGGGGCAGAGGAGAAAGAUGGCUUAGACGAAGAAGACACAGAGGCUAACAGCCCUGACGGAGGGGAAGGAGACAACGAAGACAGUAUGGAGGCUUCAACACAGAGUGAGGACCAGAAGAAUAAGGUGCUGGAGAUGAUGUCACUGCAGUUCAAUUCAGCUGAUAUUACUGAGGGCUCAUUCCCUGAGGCAAAGAGAGGAAGGCGCAUCUCUAGGUACACAAGGAAGCGCAAGUUUGAGGUACUUGAAGGUGAUGAUAAGAUUCCAGAGGUGGUAAAUCCUCAACAAGUGUCAUCAACUCCGCCUGCCUUACCUCUGGUUGGGAAUACCAUCACAAAUGUCCUCAAGAAAAUCAGGAAAGAAGGGUUAGAGAAUCUACCAAUGCCAAAUACAUCUCCUGCAGUUGUAAGAACAAGGAGAGGAGCACAGGAGCGGAAGUCAGGGAGCGAGAAAGAUUCAAGUGAAGAGACAGCCAGCAUCUCAGAGGCAUCUGAAGUAGACUCAAAGAUGGAGGAAAACACCGAUAGUGGCAAGAACACCCCCAUCAAGCAGUGUGUGAAGAGGGGACGAGGGAAAGCAAGGAAUGUAGCUGAUGCUGAUGUUGGGAAUGACUCUGGAAAUGAGUCACCAGUAAUUCCUCUGAAGAACCGUAGCAAGACUAGAUCAAGUUCAGAGGAAGAUCCUCAGCAUGAUGGGUUUGAGGUAUCUGUCAUAGCUCCAAUUAGUGCUGGAAGAGGCAAAGGUAGGGGUCGAGGACAUAUUGAUCCUGAUUCUUCUCUGACUCCUGUUGGAAGAGGGAGAGGGGCCAAGGGCAUUGUGAAAGAGGAAGUUCUCAAUAAACCUACUGGAAAGGAUGAAGUUCCUGUACAAAGUAAACCAAGGGGAAAGAUGCGACCUGAAGCAGAGCGGCUGGAGGAGGUGGCAGGGAUACAUUCACCCUCAGCUGUUGGUCGUGGCCGAGGGAGAACCAGAACUUCCACAGAAGAUGUAGGAGGUAGUGCCACUCAAGGUACUUCCUCUGUUGGCAUGACAGGCAGAAGAGGCAGAGGGAAGAGCAUUGAUAGUGAGUCUACACCAGAUUCAGAUCCUGGCAGUCGACAGAGACGCAGCAUGACACCAUUAAAGAGUGACACAACACCAUCCUCAGAGCCAAAACGGUCACAGCGCCUCUCCCUGUCACGUGAUGGGCAGGAAACACCACAGGGAAGUAAGAGAGGGAAGCAGAUAACAAUACCAGAGAUAUUCAAGAAAGACUUGACACCCAAAUCAUAUCCAAGUAGAAUGAAGAAAGAGGAUGAAGCAGCUUUUACAAAGACUGGAAAAAGGAAAAAGAAACAUUUUAAAGGUCUGAGUUAUUCAUUCAGUGGCAAGAAAAAGAAGGGAAAAGGAAAGAUGCGCCCAGGUGGGCAAGAUGCUUACCAAGAGACUGACUCAGUUGUGUCGGAAGAGGUUGAUAUCGAGUCUGUGGAUUCAUCAUCACAAGAUGUCCCUUCACAGCUUUCACAGUACCAGGACCAAGAUGCCUUAGAUGAUGGAGGCUCAGAAGUUGCAGAUAACGAUGAUGGAGAAAUGGAUAAUUUAGAUGGAGAGGGUGAAAUGGAAGAUGACAACAUAGAUGAGGAGCCUAUGGGAAACCCAGAGGCAGACAACAUAAGUAAUGAUGAUUCACUUAUUGAGAGUAAACCCAUAAUUAGAGCAAUAACAACAGAAGAGAAUACUAUAUCAACAGAGCCUGAUGAAGAAGCUACUCAUAAAACUGAAGAAGAACUGAAAGAUGUGAAAGCAGCUGCCCUACAGGAUAAUAUAGUACACAAGGAUGAGGAAGACAGAAAAGCAAAUGGAAGUGCUGAAUCACUAAUGGGUUUAGCUAAGGAAGAUGUGAAAGAGCCAAUACAGAAACCAAGGCAAGAGGGACAAGAACAGCCUGAAGAAGGUGAAGAUGCAGAUGUAAAUCUCUCAGCAAAGGAACCAGAUCACAUUGAUCUCCCUAGUCAAGAUGCCACUCAUUUGGUAUUAGAAAAACGUGACUGUAAAAUGGUUGAGAAACCCAAUGAAGAAAGCAUUAUUGAUGAGUCUUCUAGUGAAAUGAAGAUUGAAAAUGAAACCCAUAGUAUUCAUGUCAGUGAAGAAGUAGAACAAUCCAAGUCAGUAGAUAAUUCAGAAUCUAUUAUAGGGCCAACCCAUGAAACCCAUGAGAGGCUUGAAAACCUGGAUCUCACAGCUGUGUCCCAAAAGGAGCACCUGGUAGGAGGAGACUUAGUCCUGCGGGGCAGACGUCGCCACAGCAUCAGCAAGCGACGGUUGGAGGACUUAGGCCUGGAGGGACAUAACUCUGACUCAAGUGAUUCUAUUGGUGAAACUCGAUUACCAGCUGAAGGCGUGAGAAAGAGCAAGAGGUUAAGUCGUAACAUGUCUCCACAUCCCCUCUCAGUAGCUGCACCAAGGUCACCUGAAGGACCUGGAAAAACUCAGUCAAAACCUGUAGGAUCUCAGUCAUCUUAUGUUGCUGCUCCUAGUCUUACCAAUGUGCUCUGUAAGUGUCGCAUCAAAGAGAAUCCUCUUGCUGUUGACAUUACAGGUGAUGUCUAUUGUCAAGCUAUAGACUCCUUUGAUGGGCGAAUGAUUGGCUGCUGUAAUGUUGUUACUAAUUAUAGAUACCAGCGUGUAAGUGGGAAGAUUCCAUUUGUUCUUCUAUGUGAAACUCAUCGCCAGAGAUUGAGACGUCACAACUGCUGUCCAUGCUGUGGGCUUUUCUGUACACAGGUAUUUCCUCAUAGUACAAGUUUUGACAAGCCUGAUUAA